AUGGACCUGGGCUGUCGGUUUUCGACGAAGCAGCCCUGGUCGAGGAAGAAGGAUACAGAGAACGGUCAUCACGACUCUUCGGCUUCUGAACCUCGUCGGGAAUUGUCCUUUUAUACCAGUGCGACUACGAUGACGGCCGCGACGGGUAGCGGCCAACCGUCACCUUCGACUUCAGCUUCGGCUUCGGCACCUGCGGGUUUCGAGGAUAGUGGGUGUAUUUCUACGACGGUGUUGCAGAAGCAGGUUGCGAGUGGAAAUGAUGCGUUGAAUAUUCUGUUUGAUGCGGCGGCGCAGGCGGGCUCUGGUACGCGCGCUCCACAAACCACGGUUUCUGCUGAUACAGCAUCUCCGUUUGACGUUCGAUCGGAGGAGAAUGUGCUUAAGGUCUGGGAAGGCUGCCGGUUUGUCAAAAUGGGGUGGUUCACGGCGGAGGAAGCGUUGUUGUACACGGACUGGUUGGUCGACCACCCUUCUACUUUGGAGGUACUCCGAUGGGUUGUUGUGUUUGUCUAA